AAUGAUUCCCAACAGAGCUAAACCACAUGUAAAAAACAAGGAGAAUGUGCCAGGCUGUCUCAUGAUCAAGUAUUUAUAGUAAAGCUAUUAAUGGAAUGGCAACUCCAGGGGAGUGGAGAUCCUAAAUAGAAAUGAAAAUUCUGAUGCACUCAUCUUCAACAGCAAGAACUUCAGUGCCGUCCUAAAGGACAUAACGGAGGUAAAAAGCCUUUGGAAGUCUGUCCUCAUUUCACAUGGAUAAUUACACCAGCGACGAAGACGGAGAUGAUGACUUUGACACCCAGCUCAUCAUUCAACAGAGUUUACAGGAUAUUCACAAGCCAGGAACUACACAGCAGGCACCUGAGGAGGAGAGCUUCCAUUCCUUUGUGAGCACUGACUGGAAGAAGAUAGUUGAAACAAUAGAGACAGGUAAGGAAGAUGCCUUGUCACACUUGACCAAGUACCGUUCUGCUUUUGAUGAAGCAGAUAGGAUAGGCUGGCUUCCUCUGCAUAAGGCUGCAGUGCAAUUAAAUAAGAACAUUUUGGAAAUAACUCUGAAAGCUUCGAAACCCAGUGUGUGGGAGCAAACCACCCACGAUGGUGAAACGCCACUUUUUUUGGCUGUCAGCAAUUGCCUCUUAGAAAAUGCCAAUUUUCUUCUUCUCAAUGGCUGCAAUCCGAAUGCCAAGAAUUUCGAAGGCAAUUCUCCUCUUCUUACAGCUGUGCUACAUGAUUCCUAUGACAUGGCCUCCUUGCUGAUCAGUUAUGGGGCGGAUGUCAAUCUGCGGUGUGCCAAUGAGAGGACAGCACUCCACGAAGCAGCCAAACUGGGCAGACGGGAUAUGGUGAAGCUUAUGCUGGUUUCGGGGGCGCACCCUGACCCACGGAGCUCCUAUGGAUUCACUCCUCUGGCUCUUGCUGCCCAAAGUGGACACACUGAAAUCAUGGAAAUAUUACUGCAGAAAGGAGCUAAUGCUCUUGGUCAGGCCUCUGAUUCUUCUUCCAUCUUACUUGAAGCCGCUCGUGGAGGAAAUCCAGACUCUGUGACUCUCUUGCUGGAGCAUGGAGCUGAUGCCAACAUCCCUAAGAAUUCAGGCCACCUGCCCAUUCAUGUGGCAGCUGACAGAGGCCAUUUAUUAGCUCUAAAGACUUUGGUUCCAGUUACGGAUUUUGCUGCCAUCAAGCGGAGUGGCAUCAGUCCAGUUCACUGUGCAGCAGCAGGAGCACAUGCUCAAUGCCUGGAACUUCUCAUUCAGGCUGGAUUUGAUGUAAAUUUCAUGCUAGAUCAGAAAAUUCGCAGACACUAUGAUGACCACAGGAAGUCAGCUUUGUAUUUUGCUGUAUCAAAUGGCGACCUCUCUUCAGUUAAGUUGCUUCUGAGCGCUGGAGCUUUGCCUAAUCAAGAUCCAGUUAACUGCCUCCAGAUAGCCCUAAGGAUGGGCAAUUAUGAGCUGAUAAGUCUGCUGCUGCGGCAUGGGGCCAACGUCAAUUACUUCUGCAGAGUCAACCCUUUACAUUUCCCAUCAGCACUGCAAUACACACUGAAAGAUGAAGUCAUGCUCAGGAUGCUGUUAAAUUAUGGGUAUGACACAGAGCGAUGCUUUGAUUGUCCUCAUGGAGACAAAGUACAUCCCUCCUAUACUUUUGAAGGCUGGACAUCUACAGUUAUCAAAGAUACUAUGUUCUGUGAAGUAAUAACUUUGUCAUGGCUGCAACAUCUGUCUGGAAAGGUUGUUCGAGUGAUGCUUGAUUACGUUGAUCAAGUUCGGAUCUGUUCAAAGUUGAAAGCUGUGCUCCAAAAACAGGGACUCUGGUCAGAAAUCCAUUUUAUCUUGACAAACCCUCGCUCCCUAAAACAUUUGUGCCGCCUAAAGAUCCGGAAGUGUAUGGGACGUUUACGUUUGCGCUGCCCUGUCUUCAUGUCAUUUCUUCCUUUACCCAAUCGUCUAAAAGCAUAUAUCCUUUACGAAGAAUAUGACCUUUAUGGACAAGGAAUUUUCACAGGAACCUGGUAAUCCAACCAUUUUGGAUGAAAAGGACAACAAACUGCCCCUCACUACUGGCUUGGUUUGGUCUACUGGAAGCAGCUAUCAACCGACUCUGUUCUUCUAAGUCCUAAUGGAAAAGAGAGAAAAGAAACUAAGUUAAUUGUUUGCACCCAGAUGGAAAACUAUGUAGUUAAAAUACACACUUGAGAGCCACUUCAAUUUUUCUGUCAUAAAUAUGUAUGCAUAAUUUUGGCCGCUUACUAAAAAGAAAGGCUACUCACAACCAAUGCAACAACAAAGUGAAUUUUGGCACCAUCCUAGAAAUCCUAUAAAAGCCAACAUUUCCCUCUUCUCCAUUUUUACGGUCAAGAACCACGUUCAGGCCAUCAUUAUCUCUUACCUUUUGCCAGGAAAAGGCUCACAAUGGAUCAUUCCACAUCCCCUUUGUUCCCCGUCUCCAGCCCUCUUCUCCAUCUUUGUCCAAUUUAUCUUCUAAAUUAGUUGUCAUCUAUCCUCAGCCUAAUCUAUCAAGGAAGCCUUGACUUCAGUGUCAUCGUUGCCACUUUCCCCCUCCUUUGUCCACACAUCCAAUCCACUGUCAACUCUUGCUGGUCUGUUCUCAUUAAGUAUCCCACAGUGAUCUCCUCUUUUUCAUUGCUACUGCCACAACCCAUAACAGCUCUUACAAUCUCAUGGAUCACCUAUCUAAUGCAUUCUCCAGAUUUUGCUCUGAAAUUCGUCUAGCUUAAAAUUAUCCUGUUGGAUGGACAACGAUUUGACACUCCUGGUAACAUUAAAUAUUAAUAAGUAUAUAUAUAUAUAUACACACACACACACACACAUAUAUAUUCCUAGAAGCCAAUGUGGCUUUCAGCAAUGACAGUUAAAUCUAAAUGUAUAUAUACAGCAUUUCAAAAAACCUGCUCUGACAGAGACAAGCUUCAUUGGAAUAUGGAAAUAUGAAACUUCUGGUAUGUUUGCCAAACAGCAAGUCAUACUACAUGUGUUAGUUAAUCUAUAUUAUAGUUAUACUUAGAAUGUAAAGAUAUCAGAAGACAGACGUCAUCCUUUUCUACUAUGCUAUGAAUCACCUGGUUAUGAAGUGGCUGAUGAAGCAGAACAGACCUUCAUUUGGAAACUAAAAUCUGAAAGUCACAGUGCUGAAUUAAAGAAACUCUUCACAAACAUCACAUCAGAAAAGAUCUCGACAUUAGGGC